AUCUAAAUCCUUAUGGUCAUUUUUCAAUUUAUCCCAGACACCUACAUAUGGCGGGGUGUUUUUUAUUAUGUUAGUAUAUUUAAAUUCUAAAUAGAAAAGAUAUCAACAAGCAUUGCUAUAUAGGAUAUUUACAAUACUUAACAAUAGGAACAUUAUAUUAUAAUCUGCUUAGAUAUCAUUUUGAGGGUUCGACUAAUAAUACUGGUUAGUCACUUUAUUCUUUUGAUAAAAUAAAAAUAAAAUAAAUUAUUUAAAUACUAGGGAAAGUUUGCAUAAAUUUAUUAUUUUAUGACAUGAACAGUCACAAUGAAAAGUAUUUUAAAAUAUAUUCAGAGAUAGGAUUAUAUGCAUUUGCAUAUUUUGGUCAAUUUCGGUUUAUUUGCAGGUAAUAGUUAAAGUCAUGGGAAAGUGCAUAUUUUCGCUAUAUUACGUAAUAUUGUAUUGCUACUUUUCAUUAACAAAAAAAAUAAAUGAAAUACAAAUGAACGCGGAAUAUUUUAGGUAUUUAUGUUACCUGUCGAGCAUUUUUUCGAUCACCACUCUGUUUUAAAUCAGUUAUUUUUCAUUAAUUAAUGUUGCAUAUGUUUAUGUUCUUUGUGCAUAUUUCGGUCAUUUUAAGUUGCAUAUAAUCCGGUCUCUAGUAAUAUCAAUAGAAGUAAAAUAAAAAAUCCCUUUUCAUUGUCAUAGAUUGUCCAUAUCUUAUCCUCUCCAAAUGUGAGAUCGGCUUACUAUUUCAAGUAAGAGAAAGGUUUUGUCUUCCUAUUUACUGGCUUGACGUCAACCAUUAUUUGGUAUCAUUUAAAAACACCUGUGUACCUAUCUAUAAUGCCAUAGUUUACUACCCACCAUAAAGAAACUAUAAAAUGAAUGAGCUUGUAUUAUAAAGUACGAAUUACCAUAGGUAAGGUUCAGUCGAACAAUUUAAUUGCCAUGGCUUUUCUGGGCAAAGAAUACAAGUUUGUCAGAGAUGAAAAUUUCGAGGCUUUCAUUCAGUCUUUAGGUCUUCCUGAAGAAGAAAACAAGAUAUACAAGGACUACCAUCCUAGUCAGAAGUUGACCCUGGACGGAGCCACCUACACCUUCACCGCUGCUACUCCUCAAUCAUCCGACACGUUAUCUUUCAAGUCAGGUGUUGAAUUCGAUGAGAAAAUUGAUCAUUCUAAUGCGAAGUCAACUGUCACAGUAGAAGAUAAUGUCAUGACGCACGUCCAAAAGUUAGAGGAUGGAAAAGUGUUCACCUUCCUCAGAGAGUUUAACGGAGAUGAGUUAGUAUUGACAAUUACAAAUAAUGCGUGGGACGGAGCAACUAAAAUAUAUUACAAAGCGUAAUAUUAAUUUAAUAAAUUUAAUCUGAUACAUAAAAUUUAAGAUGAUACUUCUGUUUUUCUCAUUACCUACAUAAACAUUCCUAAACAACCUAAAAAUUACUAAUAAGGGCUUAAAAGACUGAAGACUACCUAUCUAAUAGGCAGUAUAUUAAAGUGAACAUUUGCAGAGGAACAACAUUGACGUAUAUAGACACUAAUGUCCAUACCAACUAUUUGUUCAAAAUCUGAACUAA